CGUAAUAAAGAAACAAAGAAAGUCAACGAGGGGAGGGGCCAAGCGGUAGCCAUUAACAAUACCAAGAAAAAUUGUUCUGCAAACCGAACCCAGUUUUUCUUGGAAACUCCCCAUAAGAAACCCAAAUCCCCCAUCUAGUCCUUUCUCAAAACACUGCGCGCAUAUUGACUAAGUAAAAGGUCAUUAUAUAUAUAUAUAUAUCUGUAUUCUGUAUAAGGACUAAGUCAGCGGCAGGCACAAAAAAUUGAUAAUCAGCCCUGUGUUUUUCUCGUUGUUUAUUCGAAGAGUUUUUGGAUUGAAUUAUUGAGUCGCUGGCAGCUUUUGAAGUUCAUCGUUUCCGAAGAAGCGGUACAUGCUAGGUUGUAUAGGAGCAGUUGCAAACUGGGUCUGAAUUUUAUGGAUAAUCUAUGCUGCUUCGGUUCUCAGUUUGCAGGGGGCCGUUCAUCAUCUGAAUCUGGCAAAGGCAGAAGCCAUCGAGGGCCUGUCAAGUUUGGUUUCAGUAUGGUAAAAGGGAAGGCAAAUCAUCCCAUGGAGGAUUAUCACGUUGCUAAAUUUGUUAUGCACCAAGGACGUGAGCUUGGCCUUUUUGCUAUUUAUGAUGGGCAUCUGGGAGAUAGUGUGCCUGCCUAUCUGCAAAAGCAUUUACUUCCCAACAUCUUAAAGGAGGAAGAGUUUUGGACUGAUCCAAGAACGUCCAUUUCUAAAGCUUAUAAGAGCACGGAUCAAUUAAUUCUGUCGCACAAUCCUGAUUUGGGAAGAGGUGGAUCCACUGCUGUCACUGCAAUUCUUAUAAAUGGUCAAAAGCUUUGGGUUGCCAAUGUUGGAGAUUCACGAGCAGUCCUUUCGAAGAGUGGGCAAGCAAUUCAACUGACCAUUGAUCAUGAGCCCAAUACUGAGAGGGACAGCAUUGAAGACAGGGGUGGAUUUGUCUCAAAUAUACCAGUUUUACUUCAUCAACUUCUUGAUACUCUACUUGAUGUUACACCACGACUCUGCUCUGCAUUCUGGGGUUCCACCAAGAAUGCGCUCCUCCAAAUGAAGGAUUGAUUGUUUAUCAUCAUCACCAUCACCACAUGCCAUAAAUCCACUAGAUGGGUCGACAACAUUAAUUCUAGCCCUCAAUUCAUUCAUAAUGAAAGAUCCAAUAAUGCAGCCUUGCUUCUUUAUCCACCCUCAAAACCAGCUGUGCAUAGGGAGUCUACUUUUCCACACUAAAAGUGUUGAGGGAAUUACUCCAUUCACCAGCUGAAUAUAUUGUCUAUUCUUUAAGGAAAAUGUUGUGAGUUGUGGAUGGGUUGCUUCUACUUUCCGUAGGAUCCUUUUUUUCAUGAACUCAGGGAUACUCUAUCUUAUAUAUAUAAGGAACCAAAUCUUGAGUCAACAGGUUUAGUUACCAUAAAUUCAAGCAUGGCUCAAGCCCUUGUUUAGCACUGAUCCAGCACUAUCUUGAGUUAACAGGUCAAGUGCUUGUCUAAUGCAAUCUAAUGGUAACUAUAGUGCUGUAGUGGUGGCUUCUGGUUGAUCACUUUGUCCAGUGCCUAUCUAGCAUGGUAGCACCUAUCCAAUGUCACCUGUCCUAGUGAAAUCUAAACAUAACAUUUUAGUCAUGAAAUUUGCCAACAAAAUCAGACGUAAAAGACUAUAUUGUAACCUGUUAACUGGAUGUUGUUGGAAGGGUAAGUGCAGAAGGCAUGGCUAACUUUUUCCAGAAUUGAGCUAGACUCCAAUUGAUCUCUUGGAGCUCGAGGAAGCUGAACUUAUCCCAUUAGCAAGCUGCUGGAACAGUUUGUUACACUAAUAUGUAUUAGGCCCAUGUUGAUGAUAAACUCCGGGAAUCAUGAAUUGUAAGGUGCAGUUUAACCAAGUUGGCAACAAAUCAGAUCACGCUCUUGGAGAUGGUUCUCGUUUUCAUAGGUAAAGUUUGUGCAGCAACAUUAGAACUUGUUUCUUUGGACCCAUGCAGCCAUGCAAUAGACAGUGUUGAUAGAUGGAGGCGCAUGGCAUCAUAUGCCCUGUCUCAUUGAGCUUUGAGAAUGGGGGAUGGAAUGCACAAGAUACUCAUCUUCUUUGCUUUGUAUGCAAUGGUGAAUGGUACUAGAGAAAUGUCAUAUGUAUGGUAAAACUAAAUUUCAGGUUCUAGGAAAGGACAGGUUAUACAUUUGGAUAUUGUCUUUUGGAUUGUAGAUCACAUCCAUCUAGACGGAAGAUAUGGUAACUAACAUUUUUGUGUUGCAACUCACCAACCCUCAUUUGUCCACACAAAUAAGAAUCUUAUAAGAUGAGAAAACAAUAUGCUCUGCAAUAAAUGUGUUUAGAAAAUGACAAUAUGCUGAAGAAGGUAUCAAAUGAAAGGAUGGUCUCUAUGUGCAGUAUGCUCUCUUUGGAUGCACCAAGUUGAGGCACAAAAUAUUUCAAAAAUAUUAAAUGUUUGGAGAGACAUUAAAGUUUGAUAUAAAGUGUAUGGGCCUAAAUAAAGUUAUGACAAAAGACAGAAAUACAUGGAAGUCUAAAAUUCAUGUAGCCAACCCCACAUAGUGGGAUAAAGGCUGGAUAUGUUGUUGUUAUUAAAUAUUCGGAAGAUUUAAAAUUCAUAGGUUAGGUUUCUCACAGCUUAGUUCAGUCUCCUUCCAGUUACAGCAUCUUCGACUAUUUUAGUUGGACAGAGCCUAUGAUAGAAAUUGAUAUUUGUUAGACUGGCCAAGCGUUUAAACUCAGCUUGAAAUGGUCUGCGUGCCUAGUGCUGAUAGAAUCUUCAUGCUUUAGUUUUGCCCAAAGCUAAGUUGUCCCCUGCCGAUUACUAGAUUUGGCCAUUACAGUUGGAAGACAAUAGAUGAUAGGUCUUGUUGCUCUUAAACUUGAAUUCAAACUAUGCUCUGAAUUGGAGAUUCUUACUAUAUAAUAGUUGUAAGAAGAAGACCAUACAUCAGGAGAUGUUGCAAAAGUGAACAACCAACUGGUUGUCUCUCGUGAUUUUAUGUUUCCUGCACUCUUUUUAGGCACAUGUAUUGCGUU